UGACAGUGUCUGAUCAGGGUACUCACACAGCCCAAUUCAACCUAUCUCAUCGCAUCACAGCAUUCAGCCCACCAGUUUUACAGUCCGUAAAUGAGACACUUCAAACAAUUCCGCCCCCAGAAAUUCCUAUGACAGACAUCGAAAUGAGAUUACUAACACAACUCAAUCCACAACACUUCAACGUUCAAUCACCUAUCAAUCUCAAAGCCCUACGAAUACUUACAGACACACAUCCCAAUCGGCCCUUCAUUGAAUACAUAAUCAAAGGCAUAAGACAUGCUUUCGCUUCAUAUAUUGCCAACAAACUUAAAAACAGCUGUAUGUGCGGGCCCUUCCAUGAGGACAACCCACCCUGUGAUUUUUUCCAGACCAACCUAUGUGGCCUUGUUGAAAAGAAACACACCAACCCCACAGCUUAUCAUAUUAUUUCUCACCUUUCUUCGCCACCAGACAACAGCAUAAAUGAUAGAAUAGACAAGCUCGAAUUCGGCACAAAAUACGAAAACGUAAACCAUGUGAUUACGUUGGUGAAAUGGCAGAAAAUUUCUCCUGAAGCCCGGUUGCCGAAGGCUAGGACUUUGUCGAA